GACCUGAACGUCUCCUUGGAACCUCACUUGCUCGAGACAUUACGACCUCUUCGUGACGUACUUCCCGACGACCUCUUCUCAGAACUCUCGCCAUAUCUCGUAUCACGCAAACGCUCCAAGAAAGCUAAAGACGUACCUACGAUCCCUUACGACCUUCUACGUAGGGUCUCGUUAUGGUCGAGGACCGAUGCCGGCUCAGCAGCCCUGCAAAACCAUUCGCCUCCGCUCGACCCCGCAUCGUAUUCCAUGAUAUCACUACUGGCUGGCACACGCACGUCACCCGAGAAGAAGUUUCCUGCAUGGACGCCUAGUGAUCCGCUUGCAGAGAGAAGGCGCAAGAUUGACGACAGAAAAGCCAUCUCAAAUGUGGUGAACGGGUUCGUCAGCGUCAUCGGCAUUGGUAUUGCGACGUGGUGGGCUAGCGAGCGGACGGGGCUCGCGCUCGAAUGGAGAACGCUCCUUUCGGUUCUUGCAGCAAUACUGGUUGCUGUUGCUGAGGUCGGACUGUACAUGAUCUGGGACACCAGGCGGACAGCC